AUGACGCCAUCACCCAGAACCGUUUUAGCAGUAUGGAUUAUCUUAACUGCAUGCACCCAUCGAUGCACAAGCGCCCCAGUUCCCCCUGUAGUCCAGCAGGGUGCCGUCACCCAGUGCAGCCCCCAGAACAAGCAUCCAUGUGAGACGUUUCCCACCUUGUGCACAGCUGGAGGCGGUCGCUGUGUUUCCAAGGACCCAUGCGAGUACCAGUGCUUGUGUCCAGACGGCAGACUCGGUCGGGACUGCACCAAAAGCUCCAGCCCCGACCAAGGAAGCGUGGUAGACACUCUGCUCAUCUUUCCCAAGGACAUAUUCGCUGACGCCAAUCAUGUGUCAAAGUCAGAAGUUUUUGCCAAAUCAAACAGACAUAACGCGACAAACACCGUAGAAUCAAACACCACCGAUUUUUCAAUGUCAGGAACGAUUACACUGACAAGAAUCACCACCUCAUUUCAAGAAUCUACCACGACUGCAGUAACAGAAGUCACAAAGAACAACUCACCCCCUUCUUCAAGCAUUUCAAAUCCACCUUUUCCAUCGACAUCAAAAACUCUAAACACAAAUCCACUGGGCGAAAGCAGUGUUACCACAGCAGUGCCUAGCCUCACUGAAACAACUACUACAUCGUCAAUUAGUAAGUCUACGACUAAAAACAACAUGUAUCCUGCAUCUGGUAACAAUUCAAGAGAACAAGAUCGGAAUUCAAGUAACUUUACAGGAAAACCAACCGACACCUCAUCACGCACUGAACUGUCAACAGUAACAACAUUUUCCACGCAAAGGGUGAAUACGAACACAGAAGCUUCAACUGGACCUCCUUACGGGGCGUCAGGAAGCUCGUCUAAAACAGAGCCGAAUGGAGGGUCACCCCAAGCAGCAGAAUCUCUAAGAGCAGACGUGUUUAACCCCAACGAAGCGUUAACCAUCCGCAGAUCCUUCAAACCCAACCUAAUUCUUUCCCACGGUAUACCCACACAGUCUGCUUCUACUACAACACAAAAUCCUCAGCAAAAAACCACUCAGCAACAUCACGCCACCACUACACCACAGACAACGAACUCAGGAUUUUCUAGCACCCAAGACACAGGAACAUGGAGCCAACAGACAUCAACUACAACAACUGCCAGUAGUACAGAACAAUCUACAGCAACAGCUGAAGACUUCCCGACUUUGUUUAAGCUGACUGUGGACAGCCAAUCGAAUCCAAUCGAUUCUGGAACAAAUUCAGCUUUGUCUAUGGUAGUUCAUCGGGUUUUCUUGCCGAUAGAGGCAUUUCAGCCGGCAUUGAGGGCGGCUCCUUGA